UCGGCAUUCGUCUUGAUUUUAAUGGUGUAUCAGCUGUGCAAGAGGAAGAAAGCUAGGUACUUUCCUUCUGUUCAUUCUGCGUAGUGCCGGUAGUGCCUGUAUUUCGCCAUAUAUCACUCUUGUUAUUGUUUUGAUACGGUUGGUGGAAAAUAUUCCCAUUGCUAAUAAUUGAUAAGCAAAAGGCUGUGUCGCUGUGAGAUAUGCUGUUCGGUGCUUUCAUAUUCUCCAUUUAAUCACUCAUAGUGCCUAUUUUACAAUGAUCUCGAAUAUAUACACCAUGGGAGCUAGUAAGGCACACUUCCUACUAUUAGGAAUUCUUGUUACGUGUAUGAUUGCAACCCAGAUAAGUGCUAAAUAUGAAUAUCAAGUAAAAUACUUAGAUGUUCCACUGGAUCAUUUCACGUACGUGAAUGAGACUGUCACAUUCAAAAUGAGAUACCUUGUCAAUGAUACGUACAAUCCAGACGGCAAGGGCCCAAUCCUAUUCUACACCGGAAAUGAAGGCGACAUCGAGAAUUUUGCUCAAAAUACGGGAUUUAUGUGGGAAAUUGCUCCCAAGCUGAAAGCAUCGCUCGUAUUUGCGGAGCAUCGUUUUUACGGUAAAACCCUCCCCUUCGGUAACGCUUCGUACGAGUCUCCGAAGCAUUUGGGUUAUUUGAGCUCGGAGCAAGCUCUGGCGGAUUUUGCUGAACUGCUAGCGGAAAUCAAUCCUUCCAAUCGGUCCACCCGCGGUAGACCGGUUAUAGCAUUCGGUGGUUCCUACGGUGGAAUGUUGGCCGCGUGGUUUCGCAUGAAAUACCCACAUCUGGUGUCCGGUGCAAUCGCUUCCUCGGCACCGAUUCGCCAAUUCGAUACGGAUUGUGGCAUUUUCAACCAAAUUUUGACGUCCGUUUUCAGCGUUGCCUACACCAAGGAAUGUUCUCAGAAUAUUGCACGAUCGUGGGAUGUCUUGAAGAACUAUUCCUCGACGGCCGAUGGACUGAAGGUCUUGAAGGACAAGUUCAAGUUCUGUGGCAACAUCACCAAGGCGGACGAUAUCACAGGAACCUUUUUCGAUUAUCUCGCCGAUGUGUAUGGAAAUCUGGCCAUGAUCAAUUAUCCGUACAAUUCGUCCUUCCUGGCACCGGUUCCGGCGUACCCGGUGAGAGAAUUCUGUGGCCGUUUGGCUCAGAACUUUACCGGACUGGAGUUGAUUGGCCGCCUCCAGGAGGCGGUGAGUAUCUACUCAAACUACACCGGUCAGACUAAGUGUUUGAACAUCGACAGUGCCUACGAUGACAAUAUGGGUACUUCCGGGUGGGAGUUCCAAUCGUGUACGGAGAUGUGGAUGCCGAUGUGUUCCGAAGGUUCCGGGAAGGACAUGUUCCCGAAGAAACCGUGGGACGAUAAGAAGUUUUCCGACGACUGUUUCAAGAAAUUUGGGGUGAGACCGAAGAAGAAUGUCGCGAUGACCAUUUACGGGGGGCAAUAUCUGGAGGGGGCAUCUAACAUCGUUUUCAGCAAUGGCUUGAUGGAUCCAUGGUCUGGAGGGGGCGUUCUACGUACCAGCAACAACAAUAUCAAAGUUGUGCUGAUACCGGAGGGUGCGCAUCAUGUUGACUUGCGCGCUGAGGACCCUAAUGAUAACGGAUCGGUACUCGUAGCAAGGCAGGUUCAUCUGCAGAAUAUCCAGAUGUGGAUCAAGCAGUAUCGUAAGCGGAUGGCCUAGACUGGAGUUGCCAUCAUCACGCAGGAUUUGGGCGUUGGGAUUUACAGUAAACACUACGUCAUUUCUUUCUUAAGCUGACGGUGUCUCUGAAAGAAACUAGUAUAAACAAAAAUCUGUAUAGUUGAAACACCCACCAAACGAAAGCUUUGGCUGGCCCUUCAUAUGAGGCUAGUGUCGAGAGGUUCUGGAACAAAUGUAUGGAAUGACACCCGAUAGAACGUGUUGUGUCUCAAAGCACCUAAGAUUUCGUUUGGUGGGUGAUUGACAGAUACUGAUUUUUUUUUUAUAAUGUUCUAUUAGAGACACCGUGAAUACCCUCAU